UCCUAGAUAUGCCUGCAGCAGGCUUCUUGCCUUUGUGCCUUGCCAGUGCUAUUUUGUCAAUGCAGACUGCAGAAGCAAUUAUAUUAAUUUCUUUGCUUGCGUAUUUAUUUUUCCUCCAUGAGGUUAGCUCUCUGAGGUGUAAUUCCCAUGAGCGUUGCUCCCUGGGCAGACUGAGCAGGUUGCAUGGCUGUGGGAGGGUGGCCACAGUGGGCAGCGCUCCCUCUGGCUGCUCCUGUUCCAUCUCCAAUGGGGAUUGGCAUUCCCCACUCACUUGGAGGCAAUGGGGAAGCAGGAGCAACUAGUCCUGCCUAGGGAAAACAAGGCAUCUACUACUGGGUGAAAUUACUCUUCUGGCUUCUUUCAAAACUAAAAUGUAGAUUUGUUCAAAUACAAAAAGAAAGACUUGGAUCUCUGGAGAGGUUGGGUGACCACAUCAAGUAGUUGCUGGAGAUCAGCCUUUUUUCUCCCCACUCACCCAUGUGGAUGCAGACACCUGUAUGGUUUGGGGUAGCUGGAAAGCAAGUCUUUGCCAUAUUUUGCUGUUCCUAGAGAAAGCAGCCAUGAGGACUGCCCUGGUCUUCGCCUGCCUGGUGGGGAUAGCAUGUGCCUUUUCGGUCAAGAGCUGGCUGCGGCGAGCCAAGUUGGAUGACUCAGAAGAAAACGCGGUGCUCAAGAGCAGGCAUCGGUAUUACCUGUACAGAUAUGCCUACCUGUAUCCCCCGCAGCAACGGUACCAGGGCAGUGACUCAUCGGAGGAAGAGGGGGACGGCUCAGAUGAGGAAGAGGAGGAAGGGUGGAAGCCAUCCCAUGCUGGCACCAAGGCAGAUGGCCACCUCAUUGGAGCAGCCCCUGGAGACAGCAAGGAUGGGCUGGGAGGAGACCUUGCAUGCCCCCAGCAGGGCAAGGGCUGCCAAGGGCCUCUAAAGGCAGGCAGGAACGGCACUGUGGGCAAGGGGGGUGACUCUGAAAAUGAAGACAGUGAUGAGAAUGAAGAGGAAGAGGAGGAAGAGGAAGAGAUAGCCGAGAAUGAGAGUGGCAUCAAUGGCACAAGCACCAACACCACUGAGGGUGCAGAUGGACCUCAUGGCAAUGGCACUGCAGUGGCUGAGGAGGGCAAUGCUGCAGCUGAGGAGGAGGAGGAGGAAGAGGAGGAAGAGGAAGAAGAAGAAGAAGAAGAAGAGGAGGAAGAGGAGGAGGAAACUGAAGACACCACGGUUCCCAGCUCCACCAAUGAAGAAGGGCUGACCCAGGCAACCACCACAGGAGAUGUGGCACCCACGUAUGCCACCACAGCUGGGGACCAGUGGGAGUAUGAGGUGACGGUCGGGAGCCAUGGCCGAGGGGACGAGGGCACCACCGAUGGCAGCUAUGGGGAGCAGGAUGAAUAUGCCCGUGGGGACAGCUACCGGGCCUACGAGGAUGAGUACGGCUACUAUAAGGGGCACGGCUAUGAUGUGUAUGGCCAGGAUUACUACUACAGCCAAUGAGCAGGGAGUGAGGGGCAGCCCCAGUGCUGGCCCCUCCUGCCCCAUCUCACUCAGGAACAUCCAUCUGCAUGCUCCCUGCAGCUGCCACGCCCCAGAGGGGAUGCUGGGCAGCUUGUGGUGUGCACUGGCUCUGUCCCAUCCUUUUUUUGUAUUUUAAGAAGCAAAACGAAAUAAAGCAACAGAACUGAGCUUCUUGAUGAUAAAAGCUCUACUGCCAAAUUCACUGGGGUCAGUGGGGCAGCACAACGCUUGGUGGAUUUGAGGGGCUGCAGGUGCUCAUGCUGCUCAGGGUUAAAUCUCUUUAUUCCAGCUCAGGUGCACACAAAAAGAGGGAGAAGCAGAAAGACUAACUAGGAAUGCCUCUGUAGAGUCCCCUCCAAAAAAUGAAAGGGCAUUUUCAGGGUCACUGCUGUGGGAUUACUGCCAUGUCUUACAUAGAGUUGGCAUGAAUUUGCAAUAUGUGGGUGAUGAUAACUUUACAUCUUCCACUCCUUGGUAGCAUGCCUCCUGUAGCCUGACCACAGACCAGGCAAUAUUAAUAAAGGUAAUGAUGUUAAUUUCUCUUUUCGUGCAUCACUAGCUGUAAAUGCACAUCCCUGUAAUGACAGCUUUGCUCCUGCAGCUCUGAGCCAGGCAUGUGGGUCACACCAAAUCCAGGCACCUUGGACGUGUGUUUUGGACACGAGUGCUACAGCCCAAAACAGUCCACAUCU